AUAAAAUAGCUUCUUCGAUUCAAGCAGCUUCUGCAUGAUCUGUCGCAAAUAAUUCCAAAUGCCCAUCGCUUAUCUGGCUAUUUAUCAUUGCAUGUACGUUGCAAAGAGACUAUAUGAUUGUUUUGGAGUACAAUUUUGACAAUCGGCUAUGACAUCCUUGGGUACUUUCGAUCAUAGAUUAGCGUCAUCUUCUGUCGUAGACUACCUACAUUUAGAUGCUGACAAGGUUUUAUCAGCAUUUGGCAAGUAUGGGCGAUAUCAGAUGGUCAUACAUCUAAUCCUGAACAGCGUUCAUAUUCUAUUUGCUACCAACAUGAUGAUAAUGCCGUUCAUAACGGAGGAUCCAAAAUUUGAAUGCCAAAUUACACCUCCUGAAGGAGUGCAAUGGGAAUACACUAUAGUGGAUAAGUGUCAUGUGAAAGAUGGAAACAACUGGACGUUUACAUGCGAUAAGAUACCUGGCGCCAGAUACAAUUACUCCGAUGUGAAUCACGAAUCAUUGGCUAGUGAAUUCAAUCUGGUCUGUGACAAUUACGAGUCCGUUGAACAUGGCGCUUCCGUAUUCAUGCUGGGUGGAAUGAUUGUUGCUCCCGUUAUCACGCAGUUGUCGGAUGUAUAUGGUCGACGCAUGACAUUUCUUAUUCCGCUCUAUGUAGCUGUGGUAGCUAAUAUAGUCUGUGCCAUCGCUCCAAGCUAUGCAAUUUUUCUGAUCUUCAGAUUUAUAGCUGGAGUGGCCUCAUCGGGUUAUUCUGCCAUUAGUUGGGUCCUUUGUAUGGAGUCUGUUGCAAUGGAAUUCCGCUCGAUCACUCCGCUAAUGGGAAGUCUGACUUGGGUCAUUGGGUAUAUGGCUGCAGGAGUCAUGCAUUUAUACAUCUCAAACUGGCGUUGGCUCUACUUCGCUGUUUCGGUGCCUGGAUUACUAACAAUCCCUUAUUACUGGGUUACACCGGAAUCCCUUCAUUGGCUCAUUACCAACAAGAAAAAGAAGGGAGUCUUGAAAUACAUUCGUACAUCAUCUCGCUUCAAUCGCGUACAAAUUUCAUUACAUCAGUGCAAAUCAACAGGUGAUCUUGCAGCAAAUGAACAGAAGAAUCGAACAUUUUUGGACAUUUUUGAAAGCCCCGCGCUUGUUUUUCACCUUAUCCUCAACUCAUAUGUCCUAAUUGUUAUGAACGGGGUUUACUGGGCGCUUUCACUCUUUUCCACGGAACUUAGCGAGGAUAAAAUGACAGGGUUCUUUCUCUCCGGUAUAGUAGAGGUUCCUGCAACAAUAGUCGCUAUAGCACUUCUGAUUUACUUCGAUAGAAAAACAGUGUCAGUGUUGUCGCUUACAUUGCAAGCAGGUUGUAUGGCUUGCGCACUGUAUCUGCCAGUACGUCCGCAAAUCGCCAUGAUUUUCCCGCUUCUGGCGAAGGUAUGCAACACGAUAGUAUGGUGUUCCCAGCCGCUGCUGUACAUGGAGGCAACGCCAACCUCUGUACGAAAUGUCUUCUGUGGAAUUGUAGGUUUUCUUGGUGAUCUCGGUUCGGUAGCUGCACCUUACCUCAAAAGACUGGAAACUUUUCACAAAUCCGCACCUGCAUUGGUAAUAGUAAUAAUGUCACUGCUAUCGGCGGCGUCCGUAAUCAUCAUGCCGGAGACAAAGAAUAAAAAAUUGCCGGAAGAUCUGGACGACUUUGACUCGGGUCCACUACUGCGUUGGAUGAAGAAAAAGCAUGAUUAUAAAGUAAAUGAGGAGAUUGUACCACCGAAGUAGACGACAACAGAUGGAAAGGCGGCCGAGUUUGAAGUCUGAUCUAAGUCUGUUUCCUCCAUUGUGACAUGCACUUCAUCAAACUCUUAAUAUGAAGAAUAUUCAAAAAAUGUUCAGAACUUUUGAUCUGAUAAUUUUCGCGGUUUAAAAAAAAGUAUUGUAGGUCUGGUCAACUUGCAGUAUGCUGCAAUUCACUGAUCGUUAUUUAUUACUGUAAAAUUACGAUGAGACUCUCCAGUAUACAGCGAUUGAAAAAUCUUUCAUAAAUCUGGGAAUUUGUGUACCCAGAUUUUUACCUAAUUUAC